AUGAAGUGGAACGGCUUGUGGUAUUGGUUGCUGUUGCUGUUUAGCGUUAAUGUGAUUGCAUCUAACGUGGGUGUCUUGAUAGAAGAAGGCGACGAAGUAUUCACGGAAAAGGUGUUUUUCGACAUUGAGCAUGGUGAAGAAAAGGUUGGCAGAAUCGUAAUUGGGUUGUACGGAAAAGUGUGUCCCAAGACAGCCAAGAACUUCUACCAGCUAAGCACUGCUACCGACUCGAAGAAGGGGUUUAUCGGGUCCACUUUCCACAGAGUGAUCCCUAACUUCAUGGUCCAGGGAGGCGACUUCACACGUGGGACGGGCGUUGGUGGUAAAUCCAUCUAUGGAGAUACCUUCCCUGACGAGAACUUCACUUUGAAGCACGACCGCAAGGGUAGACUGUCGAUGGCCAAUCGUGGUAAGGACACCAACGGAUCUCAGUUCUUCAUCACCACUACGGACGACGCCUCAUGGCUCGACGGCAAGCAUGUGGUCUUUGGGCAGGUCGUGGAUGGUAUGGAUGUUGUCAAUUACGUCCAGCACGUGUCCAGGGAUUCCAAAGACAAGCCUCUGGAGACGGUGAAGAUUGCAAACUGUGGCGAAUGGACACCAAAUCUCUCUUCUUGA